AUGGCUAAGUGUAACGAGGAUCAAGCUAAGCCUUUCGCUGCGCUUUCUCUCGCUACUUUAAGCGACCAACCCAACGAAGAUCAUUACCACCACCACGACCAAACCAAACAUGUGCACUCACGGACCAAACUCGUCUUAUGUUGCGGUUUUAUCGCAGCUCUAGCUCUGCUUAUCGCAGUCACCUUCAUCGUUCUUUCCCUCACGGUUUGCCAUCUCCGUAACCCAAAACUCACCGUCGAUUCCAUAUCCUUCGUCCAACCGUUGGAAUUUGUUAACGGUCAAGUCAACUCGAACCGAAACGCGACGGUCUCAGUGAUGAUCUCUAUACGUAAUCCCAAUUGGGCUUCGUUUAGAAUGAUAGACGCUACGGUCACCAAUUACUACGGUCAAUUGGUGGUGGCUGGGGGAAGUGUUAGAAGAAAUGAAACUUUUCCACAGAAAGUUCGAGCAAAACGAACGGUUAAGAUGAAUCUAACGGCUGAGAUUGUAACAACAAAGCUACUAGAAUCUGUACCGGGUUUAAUGGAGGAUUUAAACGGGAAAGGAUUGGAUAUGAGAAGCAGUGUUGCAGUUAGUGGUAAAGUAAAGAUAAUGAAGAUUUUCAAGAAAUCUGUUUAUCUUAAAACGGAUUGUUCCAUGAAGAUGAUGAGCAAUUCAUCAAAGAUUACGUUUCUCGACAUGAAAUGCAAGAAACAACAUGUCCACCCAAUCUAA